AUGAACAAGAUCAUCGUAGCGUGCGGGAGGGCUGGACCCGACCACUAUCGGCAGGCGCUGGACACCUUCGAAGACCUCGACCGCACGAUCGGCGCGGACGGUUACACCCUCACCGCCGUCAUAGACGUCCUCCGCCGGCUGGGAGACUGGCGCCGAGCCCUCGCCCUCCUCGACCGCCUCAACGAACUCGGCGUCACCGCGAACCGGGGUCUCCGGACCUCCGUGAACGCGGUGCUGUCGGCCAUGGGGCCGGACAACUACCACCGUGCGCGGGAGCUCGUGGUGAAGGCGACGGUGGAGUGGGGGGUGGACGGCGACGUCGUGACGUACGGCACUCUCCUGCUGCUCGCGAGCGCGCGGUUGCCCCCGCCGGCCCCGCUGGGAUCAGCGGGGGCUCCGUCGCCGCCAGCUGCAGCGGCAGCGGCGGCGGCAGCGGCGGCGGCGGCGGCGGUGCCACGAGCGUCGGCUUAUCCGGCGGGUGGGCCGUUCGGGGGGGAAGGAGGGGAGGAAGAAGAGAGCGGGCAGUGGGAGACGGUCGACGUCUUGCGGUGGGCGGUGGCUGCCAAGGAGGUGCCCUCCGAGGCCUGCCUGGACAUGGUCGUGUUUGGGUUGGCGAGGGACGGGUUGUGGGAGGAGGCGACGGCGUUCGUUGAGGCAAUCGGGCUGGCUGGCCUCAAGGUUUCCAGGCACCAGCGAGAGGCGCUACUGUCUGCCCUCUCCAACGGCGAACGAUGGGCUGGCGUCGUGGCCCUGGCGAAGUCGAUGCUGGUAGAUUUGAACGUCGUCGACAAUGCGACGGCGGGGUUAGCGAUGAAGGCUUACGCCAAGCUCGGCCUAGAGACGCACUGGAGAUCGGCGUUGUCUGUGAUGAAGAAGGCCCAACGCGCCUCCAGAGGAGGCUCGCGCGUGGUAGCUGCGGACGUGUUGGAUGGUUCAGCGUGGAGGUGCUUGCUGGCCGGUUUGGCUAGCGAGGGUCUGCACGAAGAGGCCGGUGCGGUGAUGCAGGCGAUGCCAGAGGCAGGGGUCAUGGUAGACAAGGACUCCACCGCGGCUGUGGUUCUGGCGGCCUACAAGGCGGGGGAUCACGCCGCCGCCAUCGCAUGGGUCGAUCGCCUGGACCGCGCGGGCGUCCCCGUUUCCCGCAACGGUUACACGGCGGCGGUGAACGCCUGCUGCGCUCUCGGGAAACCCGAUGCCGCGAUCAGCAUCCUGGGGAUGAUGCUGGAAGGGCGGCUGGUUCCAACGGCGUCCGUGUACAACGCGGUUUUGGAGUCGAUCUGUCCCGCCUCCGAAGGGGGCUACUCCGCCCGCGUACGCUUGCGGGAUAGCAGUCCGGCGCUGUCGGGUGGGAGACUACCCGAAGAGGCCGAUGGUAGUGGAGGCGAAGGGGAAUUGAACGGCCUUUCUCAUGCGAGAGGGAGAGGGGAGGACGGGGGACGGGACGAGCCGGCGGGGCUAAGACGAGAUACGACGGCAGCGGCGAAAGCCGACAGAGCGUUGUCGUUGUUUGAGGAGAUGUGGACAAGGGAGGUGCCAAUGAAUGGAGUCACGUACGCGAUAGUCAUCUGCGCGCUGCUAAGGGCAGAGCGAGAAGACGAAGUGUUGAGGUUGUGGACACUGGCGUGGAGCGACCCCAGCACGAAGAAGCUGCGAAGAGACAUGUCGAACCGAGUUCUCGGCAUCUGCAAGGAGCAGAGAAGGGGCGCCCUCGCCGUCCGGCUGCUGCAGCUUGGCGCACGUCUCUCACCGAAGGGCCUGAACGACGUGGCGUGGCCGGGACCAGGGCCGUACUGGGCUGCUAUGGAAGCGUGCGAGCGGGAGGGGGCAACCGCUUGGCGCGAUGCUCUCGCUCUCGUCGACAAGCGGAACGGCAGCCCACUCCCUCCCGACGAUUUAUUCUCGGAGGCCGGCGCCGGCUUGUUGCAGCAGGCCGCCGCCCUGGGGAUUAGCGAUGCCGUCCAGGCCGCCUCGACAAGGGUGUGGGAAAAGCAGGAGAAGAAGGAGAGUAACAGCAGCGGAGGGGGCGGGGGCAGGCGAGUAGGGAGGUUUAGAGCGGCGGCGGCUGCGGCGGCUGCUGCUAGCGCAGCGGUGGACCAACGAGGUACGAGCGCUGACUGA